AUGCCUCUCAUGCGGUCAGCGAGUUAUAAUUUAUUCAUGGAGAUCUCACUGCGAAUUAUACUCCUCUCUGUUUUCUGUUACAUGGAAUCAAUGAGCCCCUUCAUCCGUAUCAUUCAGCCGUUUGAGUUGGAAAACGACUGUAAAUAUCCUCGUCAUGACAGCUAUGUGCCCAGCGGUAUGCUGUGGUCCAUCGUUCUGUCUGUACCUUGUAUACUGUCGUUCAUAGCGUGGGCUGUUUGUAACGAUUGCAACGAUGCUAUGGAGUUUCUGCUCGCGUGGUCUCUGUCCCUGGGUAUAACUGGUGUUACAACGGACACAGUGAAACUGAUAGUUGGUCGUCCUCGGCCGGAUUUCUUCUACCGUUGUUUCCCGGACGGAGUUCCCACAGCUGACCUGCACUGUACGGGUGACCCCGCUGACGUCAUGGAGGGGAGGAAGUCAUUCCCCAGUGGACAUAGCAGCAUGUCAUUCUGUUCGCUGGGUAUCGCGUCCUUGUGGGCGUGCGGUCGUCUUUGUACGAUCUCACGCAGGCGAGGCGAGGGCGCGCGAGUCAUACUAACCCUCACUCCGCUGAUUGUAGCCUUAUGUAUAGCUCUGUCAAGAACCUGCGACUAUCAUCAUCAUUGGCAAGAUGUUUUAGUGGGAUCUAUCCUGGGUUUGUCCGUGUCCAUAUUCUGUUACCGCCAGUAUUACAAUCCAUUAACAUCCGAUUUAUCCGGGAUACCUUACAUCGUCACAAAAUCCAAUUCAAAAUACUUCAACGGCAAACCAGAAAGUCCUAUGAAAGACGCCAAAGAAGAAUCCACGCCUUUACUGAAUGGCGGCAAAAAGGAAGAUAAAUGGAUUUAA